AUGAUUGACGAUCUGAGCAGCAAGCGUCACUGCGCGGCGGGCUCAAACUGGAACCCUGUGGAGGAGCGGUGCAUAUGUCCAAUCGGCAGGAACGGGACCCGCUGCGACUCCGACUCGCUGCCGGCCUGCAGAGCGGCGGUCGGCUCGACCGCCGUCUCAUGCACCGUCGGCCGUCCUCAGCAUUGCGAGUGCCUUGAGCAGUGUGUCGCAGCGGGUGCGUUUGUCGCGCACAUGUACAGGUACUGCUUCACAACGGCCGACGCCGAGCCGCUCUCCGACAUCCCGAGCACCGAAUCAGCCUUCUUCUGGCGGUGGAAUCCGAUGGCGGGCUGGCGCGGCCGGAAAGGCCUGCGCGCCGCCACGCGACUCGAGGCCCUCACGCACGAGUUCACGCCCAAACUGCAGCAUCUGCCUCUCUCCAACUGCAUCGACCGCUGCAGCGAGCGGGGUGGCUGCCUCGCCGCCGUCGCGCCGCAGCGGGCAAGCCCCCGGCGAGUUAGCGCAGCCUGCCGAUGCGACUCGUAUUACUUUGGCAAGACCUGCCACCGCCACUCGUCGCCGCACUGCUGGAACGGAUGCUCCGGCAGGGGCGAGUGUGUCGACGGCUUCUGCGUCUGCCGCGGAGGCUCCUACGGGCCAGCUUGUGCGCUCGGCGGGGGCGGCGGCGGCGGCGGCGGCAGCGGCGGCGGCAGCGGCAGCGGCGGCGGCGGCGGCGGCGGCGGCGGCGGCGGGCGGCGCCCCACGGUGUACGUGUACGACCUGCCGCCGGUGGUGCUGCGCCGCCGCGCCUUUGCGUCGGACCGCGACCCAAUCUUCAACACGCACCACGCCUUCCUGGAGGCGCUGCUCGCCGACGCGCCCUCGCUCGCCCGCUCGCCGGCCGAGGCGGCGCUCUUCCUGGUCCCGGCGUUCGCGACGAACAUGGAGGCGCUGCGCGAGUACUACUCGCACGCGCAGCGGCACGUGGCGACCCACCACCCGUGGUGGACCGCCUCGGGCGGCGCGAACCACCUCUGGUGGUCGACGGCCGACGGAGGCGGCUGCGAGCUCAACCAGCUUAGGGAGACGCGCCACUCGGUGGCGGUGGCGCACUACAUCAAGGCGAACAGGUCGGGCGGGUACCGGCGGACGAACGAGCGGUGCGGCGUCGCGAGCAAGGACGUCGCCGCCCCUCCCAAGCUGCCCUUCGCGACCGAGGAGCGGCUGCUGCGCGCCGGCCGGCGGCCGCUGGCGGCGCGCGCGCUCCGCUUCUUCUUUGCGGGCAACGUGCCCGACUCGCACUUGCCCGGCUUCGACCAGCGUACCGACGACGACCUCGGCCGGGAGGCGUACUCGGAGGGUGUGCGGCAGCUCGUGUGGAAGCACCUGCGCAAGGCGGACGGAUUCAAGGUGGUUGCCCGCUCGCCCAGCUACGAGGACGACUGGGCCGACGCGCGGGUCUGCCUCGCUCCCCUCGGCGUCGGCUGGGGGAUCCGGCUGCUCUGGUCCGUCUUGGCGGGCUGCGUGCCGCUCCUCGCCUCGAGCGAGGUGUCGCCGUGGUUUGAUCGCGUGCUGCCCUGGGAGGGGAUGGCGCUGCUCGGCGUGGACCAGCGCGAGCUGCCGCGCCUGCCUGCGCUCCUCGCCCGCCUCCCCGAGGAGACGCUCGUCCAAAAGCAAAAGGCGCUCUGGCACUACCGCCGCACGCUGCUGUGGCCGCCGGCCGGCAUCGCUUACAACGUGACACUCCGCGAGAUCUGCGUGCGCGCGGAGGGCUUGGCUCGGGGGCGCGGGGCGCGCUGGAAGUGGGACUGCGAUGCGCUUCUCCCCGCGGGGCUGACGCAGAGUCUACACUCCAAGCGCUGGAAGGGCUCUAAGUAG